UUGUUUACAAAUCAACCCUUUAGCUGUUUCUGUUGGGCAGCGUGGCGGACGCCGGCUAAACGGUCGCAUCUGUUUGAAUAAAAACAACCCUCUCGGCUGGAUAUUUGUUAUCUGAAGCUAUAAUAAAAAUGCCCUGUCUAAAGGAGAACUAUUUCUUUUUGGAACAGUCGGUAACGGUUGAUUCUAAGGAAGUAGACGCACUCGUGUCGAAAAUCGGCGAGGCGCUGCAGCUUCACAACAAUAGCUCGAGCCAGAAGGCGAUGUCACGUCUACACGGUCUCGCGAGCAGCAGACCUGACGUUAACGACGGCAGCAGCGCGGUGGGCGCUCAGCGGUGCAUCCGUCUCCGCAGCCGGAGUUUACGUACCACCCGGGCCAGUCCGUACAACCCACCUGGAUCCAGCGAUCAGGAAUGGGACCAUUUCAGAUCCCCGUGGAACCGAAAGAAAAUCGACGAGGACGAUCCGCACCAGCUCCUCCAGGAACUCAUAUUGUCGGGGAACCUGAUCAAGGAAGCGGUCAGACGACUCCAGUUUACCUCAGAACCAACGGAGCACGACAUCUCCAAAUCUGUAGACUGACUUGAACAAGUGAGCCCGUAGAUGCAUGAACGUCCUGGCGUCUUCAGAGCUCAUUGUCAUACGUUGGUUUGACAAACUUUGAUAUCACACCUUUUUGAUUUUUCUAUUGUAUAUUACUAAGAUGGAAACGUUAUGUAU